AGAUAUUCAACAUGUAGUGUUUAAGAGCUUUGAGAUACUUUUCUGUAUGGUCUUAAGUACCUAUGGGACCAGCUGAUCCUAUUUUGGGAGUAGCUGCUUAAUUCAAGGCUGAUCCAAGCACUUAAAAAGUAAAUUUAAGUAUAGGAGCUUAUCGUGAUAAUGAUGGAAAGCCAGUUGUACUUGAGUCAGUUAAGAGAGUAACUAAAUUAAUAUAUAAUAGGCUGAAUAAAUAAUAAAGGAAAAGAAAUUAGAUAAUGAAUAUCUUCCAGUUGAAGGACUUCAAUCAUUUAUUGAUGCUUCUAUUAAAUUAGGUUAUGGAGAUGCUUAUUAUGCUUAAAAUGGAAAAAGUAUUGCAGGAUGUUAAGUAUUGAGUGGAACAGGUGCAGUUAGACUUGGAUUUGAAUUUGCUAAGAAAUUCUUACCUUAAGGUACAAAAGUAUAUAUGCCAAAUCCAACAUGGCCAAAUCAUCAUAAUAUUGCUAGAAUGGCAGGAUUAGAAAUUUUGGAAUAUCGUUAUUUUGAUCCAAAAACACGUGGAGUUGAUUUUUCAGGAUUAGUAGAAGAUUUGAAUAAGGCUUAAAAUGGAUCAGUUAUCUUAUUCCAUGCUUGUGCUCAUNAGUGAAGAGGAAAGAAAACAUAGUAUUUAGAUAUUUGAUUACUUAAAUGUAAGAGGUGUACAAUUGACUAUUGAUCCAUAAUUAACAGCUUUCUAAAAUAUGAAGAUUCAUUUUGAAAAACCUGGUGAUUAUUUUGAAGCCUAUUUAGCAAGAGAACAUUUGAAUUAUUCUUAACUUGAUUAUAUAGGAAAAUAAGCAUAAUAAUGUGAAGAGAUAUUAACUCACAAAUUUAUAGGUUCAAUGUUAGAAGAUUAGGCAUCAUCUGUGGAUGAGGCAGAAAAAUUAUAUGCUAAAGCAUAAGCUUAUUCUGCUUUUCCAGGAUUAUUUUAUCAUUUAGAUGCAUAAAUCAAGACAGGAAGUCAAUCAUUUGAUACAUGGAAAGCAAAGUAAUUAUGA